UACAAAUUAAUUCUAUGCCAACACAAAUUAAUCAUCAAAUCUCUCAUCUCAUGCAAUUCCUCCAUCUAAUUAUUAUUCUUGAUUACAUUUACAGCCAAUAACACAUGGUUUGUUGCUUAAUUUAUCACCACCCACUUUCUAAUCUCCAUUAUUUAACUGGGUCUUCAAUGCCUUCAUGAUUGCAUACUUUGUAUGUAUAUAUAUACAUAUAUAAAUAUAUUCUACUUCUCAGUAACUUAUCAGAGAGAGCUGGGGAAAUGGCAAAUCAAGAGAAGCUAAAGAGAGGAUUCAUGUCUUUCUACAAGUCCACCGUUAAAAUUAAUCACAAGCCAAAACCUCAACCAGUAGUUAAUCAUGUGACAGAAAUUCCGCCAAAUAAAUCAGCUCCAGUGGUGCCGCUGCCGUCAGAUAAGUUGUUGUUGAAGGAGCAGCUGGAAAACUUUGAGGAAAGUGACGAUGGUGAGCCAAGAAGAGGAAAUUUUGCCGGGGCGAGAAAGUCAGUGUCUCACGUAGAAACAAAUGUGGCAUCAGUGAUUGCAUUUCUUCAAGUGAAGGUUUUGGUGUCUGAUAUGCCUGGAUUCAUGCAGGCGCAUGCCUUCAGAAUUGCCAGGCGAACGUUUGAUACCUUGGAGAGGUUCAGUUCCAAGCACAUUGCUUUUAACAUUAAAAAGGAGUUCGAUAAAGUGUAUGGCCCGGCUUGGCACUGCAUCGUUGGCGCAAGUUUUGGGUCCUUCGUCACCCACUCCACGGGCUGCUUUCUAUACUUUUCAAUGGAGAAACUGUACAUUUUAGUGUUUAAAACAAAAAUUCAGAAAGCUUUAGACUGAGCUCAUCAAUGACUUUGAUGAGAUUAUAGACUAUUCCUAUUAUCAUUGGAAAAACUAGUGAUUAUUUAUAUCAUUUAAUUAUUUUCUUCCUGUUU